AUGUAUGUAGUUACACAUAAUGUGAUAUUCUUUUUAGAAGACGAGAUUGAUGACAGUUUGUCUUCAGAUGAAGACGAGAAUGAUGUUGAAGGUGUUGCUUCAAAUCCAGCAGCUGUGCCGUAUCCGAAAGACAGUGAGUGGACUGCAGUUGACACCUACCGACCUCUGCCUGUCAAGCUAUUUCAGCAACUGGCAGAGAAAGGCACUGGAGCUGUUGGUACUGUGAACAAAUCCAGGAAAGGAUUGCCUAAAGAUUUAGUAUCUGCUAAGCUGAAAAAGGGCGAAAUGUCUUUUCGGCGUAAAGAUAAUGUAUUGGCAAUGAAGUGGAAAGAUAAGAGAGAUGUGUAUACAUUGUCUACAAGGCAUCAAGCAACAUUUGGUACGCAUACUAAGAGAAAUGGGUCUGUAGUAUUGAAACCACUUCAGGUACUUGAUUACAACCUCAAUAAAAUUGGAGUGGAUAUUGGAGACCAACGCCUGCAGUACAAUCCGUUCCAGCACAGAACUGUGAAAUGGUGGCGAAAAUUAUAUUUCCAUUUGCUGCUUAUGGGAGUAUCAAAUGCAUUUUGGCUGUACAAUGCAGUGCACAGGAAGAAAAUUACAAUAACAGACUUUAUAACAGUGCUUGCAGUUCAGCUUGUUGAAGACGACACACUUGAAUUCAUUCCAAGAAAUGAAGGAACUGUAGGUCGGCUAACAAAGAGACAUUUUUUGCAGCACAUACCUGCAACUACUAAGAAGUAUGCUGCUCGUGUGUGUCACGUGUGCAGUUCCAGGAGCAAGAAACAGAGUGGCAAGGCUUCUCGCAAAGAGACACGAUACGAAUGUGAACAGUGUGGCGUUGCACUCUGCCUGGAACCUUGCUUUAAAAUUUUCCACACUAAAAAACAAUAUGAUUCUGUGUGA